AUGGUUAGGGCGAAUGUUGAGGAGGAUUGUAAGACCACAAUAGCUAGGUUUUUAAAUGGUUUGAAUAGAGAGAUGGCUAAUGUAGUGGAAUUACAACAUUAUGAAGAGUUGGAGGGCAUGUUACAUGUGGCUAUGAUGGUGGAAAUACAAUUGAAAAGAAAAGGAGUAGCUAGGUAUUCUUUGGGCUCUAAUCCUUCUUGGAAAUUGAACUGGAAUGGCAAUACAAGUGAUGGAGUUGUUAUAAAGGUUAAGACCGAACCAUCAAGGGGAAAAGAGGAAGUGGCUAGCAAAAUAAAAUCCAAGGCGGAUUCCCAACCUUCUAUGAAUCCCUAUCAAUUGUUUUAUAUGCUUAGGUAA